CGAGGGAACCCCGGCGGCGAGAAGGAGGGGGCUUGGGUCCGGAUGGAGAGGGCUAGACGCGCCGUUCUUUGCGCGUUGGCUGGGUGAGCAGCCGGGACUGACUGUUGACAUUCCGUCCACGUCGGGGAGCGAGUGUGGCAAAGCCACAGUGACCCAGAAUGAUUUAAACCUUGAGGGAAAGGAGCCCUGACAUGGAUGGUGAUGGUGGCAGCAUGGCAUGAUGGAUCGACAAGAACAUGCUGGCGAGUCUGAAGGUCAAGAAGCAGGAGCUGGCCAACAGCUCAGAUGUGACCCUCCCAGACCGGCCACUGUCCCCUCCUCUCACUGCACCCCCCACCAUGAAGUCGGCGGAGUUUUUCGAGAUGCUGGAGAAAAUGCAGGGGAUCAAGCUUGAAGAGCAGAAGCCAGGACCCCAGAAGAACAAGGAUGACUAUAUCCCAUAUCCCAGCAUUGAUGAGGUUGUGGAGAAGGGCGGCCCAUACCCUCUGAUCAUCCUGCCCCAGUUUGGGGGCUAUUGGAUCGAGGACCCGGAGAAUGUGGGCACACCAACGUCACUGGGCAGCAGCAUCUGUGAGGAGGAGGAAGAGGACAACCUCAGCCCCAACACAUUCGGCUACAAGCUCGAGUGCAAGGGCGAAGCCAGGGCCUACCGCAGGCAUUUCCUAGGAAAGGAUCAUCUGAACUUCUACUGUACCGGCAGCAGCCUCGGGAACUUGAUUCUGUCCAUCAAGUGUGAGGAAGUGGAAGGGAUUGAGUACCUCAGGAUCAUUCUCAGGUCCAAACUGAAGACAGUGCAUGAGCGGAUCCCCUUGGCUGGACUGAGCAAAUUGCCCAGUGUUCCUCAGAUUGCAAAGGCUUUCUGUGACGAUGCAGUGGGACUGAAAUUCAACCCUGUCCUGUACCCCAAGGCCUCCCAAAUGAUUGUGUCUUAUGAUGAACAUGAUGUCAACAACACAUUCAAAUUUGGAGUCAUUUAUCAAAAAGCCAGACAGACCCUGGAGGAGGAACUAUUUGGGAACAACGAAGAGAGUCCUGCUUUCAAGGAGUUCUUGGAUCUGCUAGGGGACACAAUCACGCUGCAGGACUUUAAAGGUUUCCGAGGAGGCCUGGAUGUGACCCACGGACAGACAGGGGUGGAGUCAGUGUACACAACCUUCCGGGACCGGGAGAUCAUGUUUCACGUCUCCACAAAGCUGCCAUUCACCGAGGGUGAUGCCCAACAGCUCCAGAGAAAGAGACACAUUGGGAACGACAUUGUGGCCAUCAUCUUCCAAGAAGAAAAUACACCAUUCGUCCCAGAUAUGAUUGCUUCCAAUUUCUUACACGCCUACAUUGUUGUGCAGGUCGAGAGCCCAGGCACAGAGACCCCAUCCUACAAGGUCUCCGUCACUGCACGGGAAGAUGUGCCUGCCUUUGGCCCGCCUUUGCCCAGCCCCCCUGUUUUCCAGAAGGGCCCAGAGUUCAGAGAGUUCCUGCUCACCAAGCUCACGAACGCCGAGAAUGCUUGCUGCAAGUCGGACAAAUUUGCCAAGUUGGAGGACCGGACAAGGGCCGCCCUCCUGGACAACCUUCACGAUGAGCUCCAUGCUCACACACAGGUCAUGCUAGGACUGGGUCCAGAGGAGGACAAGUUUGAGAAUGGAGGCCAUGGAGGAUUCCUGGAGUCUUUUAAGAGGGCCAUCCGUGUACGCAGCCACUCCAUGGAGACCAUGGUGGGCAGCCAGAGGAAGCUGCACAGUGGAGGCAUUCCUGGAAGUCUCAGUGGGGGCAUUGUCCACAACAGCAUGGAGGUCACCAAGACUACCUUCUCGCCUCCGGCAGCAGCUGCGACAGUGAAGAACCAGUCAAGGAGCCCCAUCAAGCGGCGGUCAGGGCUCUUUCCCCGUCUGCACACGGGCUCUGAAGGCCAGGGGGAUGGCCGGACACGAUGUGACAGUGCAUCCAGCACCCCCAAGACCCCAGAUGGCGGACACUCUUCUCAGGAGAUAAAGUCUGAGACCUCAUCCAAUCCCAGCUCUCCGGAAAUAUGCCCCAAUAAAGAGAAGCCCUUCAUAAAGUUGAAGGAGAACGGCCGGGCCAACAUCUCCCGCUCCUCCUCCAGCACCAGCAGCUUCAGCAGUACUGCAGGAGAGGGCGAAGCCAUGGAGGAGUGUGACAGUGGGCCAGCCAUCCACAACCUCACCUUUCAAGCAGGAGGUGUUUGUCUACAGCCCCUCUGCGAGCAGCGAGAACCCCAGCCUGGGGGCAGCUGCCACCCCCAUCAUCAUGAGCCGGAGUCCAACAGGGAAGCCCAGUUCUGUCCUGUAGAAGGCUCCUGUUCCAGCAGUUUGGGGGUGCCAUCUGCUACUCUGACCAUCACAGGCCUGUUGCCCUACCGGCCACCUGCCCAUCAGACCGGCUUCCUGUGCCAUGUCCCAACCUGACCACGGCCCUGCUGGCUCCUUUAUCAACAUACCCUGCAAGAAUCUUCCCAUUUCUGGACAAGGCUUCAUUCCUGGAGGCUCCUCUGCUCUUGACCUCCAGCUGUGAUGUCUGUCUGGGUCAUUUGUCAUCAUCUUGCUUUGUCUGUAGGAGAGAGAGUUGGGCAAGAGGGGAUCUAGGUAUGGGAGCUCAGUCAGAGACUGGGGAGCUCAUUUGCAUCAGAGGCAGAAGGUGAUGAGGUGGAGAGCAGAGGUGAUAGCAGAACAUAAGGUGGGCCCUGUCUGUCCUUGGUCACAGUGCAGUGCCUUCCUGGAUUGGCAGACAGAAGCUUCACCACCACCAGUGCAUUUAGUGACCUAGUGGAGGUAGAGGGGCUGCUUUCCCAGGAGCCAAGACUAGCAACAUCUUGGAGGUUGUCCUGAUAAAAAUAGGCUCUAAGCUAGGUGCAUACCUGUAAUUCCAGCAACUCUGGAGGCAGGAAGAUUGAAAGUUCAGGACCAGCCUUGGCACUUAAUGGGACUUUUUCUCAAAUUAAAAAAUUAAAAGCACUGGGGACGUAGCUCAGUGAUAAAGCAACUUUGGGUUCAAUCCCCAUCCCCCUCCACCUACCCCACCAAAAAAAAACCUACAUUGGUCCCAGAUAUCUGGAACUCCAAACAUAUACUUGCUUUUGUGCUAAACAUUUCUGAUCUAGUCCCAGGGACAGGUCCAGGGAUGCUGUCAUCCCUGUUGCUAGGGGCUUAGGCUUGUGGAAGCACAGAGACUGAGCUGGUUAUAUCUGAGACCUGGGCUACACACUUCCUUGAUUGUAGCUGAAACUUUUUUCCCACUAAUUUUAUGCAGAUUCCUGACUAUCCUUGAUGUGGGAGAAGCCCCAGAAAAUCUUGCCCCUUUGACCAGACAUUUUGUUUCCCUAGGAACAGCUGGGAAGCCAGGAAUGAGAAGGAGUUCUGAGAGAGGGAACAGGCUAAUGCUGGGCAUCUGAGGAAAACCACAGGGUCUAAGGGCUCAGCCAGCCUCUACUGGGUCCCAGUCUCCACUGGUUGUGGAAGACAUAGUUAUUUCAAUCCCCCCAUGGGUGAGAGGGGAAGAGGUGAGCUGGGGGUAUGACGUAGCAGAUUCUGGUCAGGCCAAUGUGUGGGGGUUGAACUUAAGUGUGGGAAAGGAAUGCAGUGUCCCUCAGACCCUGCAUGUCCUUGGCAUCUGUGGAGUGUCUAGUGCAGCCUUGGGAGCUGCUUCCAUUUACCGUGCCCUCUGGGCAUGUCUGGGUCUCCCUCCCCCAAGCCUCUUACCCUUUCCAAUCAGAGCCACUUUCUCUGGGAUGAGCCAGCUGUCCUGAGGGACAGCCCCCUGGCAUCUCACCUGUCUUAGUCUGCAGGGUGUUUUUGCUGCUGGGUUUAGGGUGAGGCACCCUCCAAGUCAAACACAGUCUGAACAGCAGACCCUGGGUGGUGCUGCAGCUUGAAGCGCACAGGGCCUCUGGCAUAGGUGGUACCGUGCUACUGAGGUGUGGCUGGCUGGGCUCCCCAUUUAAACGAGCAGAUGACAAGAUUUCUAAUCGAGUGCUUUAUCUACACAAGGAUUUGGACCCAAUCCCAAGUCAAAGCAUAGAAAUGCAACACAUUUUUUUUUUUUGGACUGAUAUUUCUUCCUUACUUUUGCCAUUAGUGCAAAAUUUUGAUCUUUCAUUUCCCACUCUCGUGUUGGAUCCUGUCUGCAGACUGGGAGUGACUGCACCCCUUAGCCUGUGUGGGACAUGUGCUUACAUAAAGUACUAGUCUGGUAAGAUUUAUUCUAGUUAGAAGGUCAACAAAAGUUCUGUUUAGCUGAAAGUCAGUGUAGCGGCACCCACUGCUGGAACGAGGCCUGCAGGUCUGGCGGCUUUCUGUUGGCCGGGUUUCUGAAGGAGCUUGAAAGGUCGAACUGCAUUUCUUUGAAAAUGAUUACAGGCUUCUGGCUCGCCUCUCUGGGUGGCUAGUAUUUACAGUUGGUUGUGCCAUGUUAUAUUGCAUUCUGGGGUCCUCUGAGGUUUCCAGAUUGUCCCCAUGCUGUCCUGUAUGGAAUGUCAUUCCUCCCUGUCUCCAUUGCUCUAACUGCUCCCUCUGCAGCCACUAUGUACCUGCUGGGCUUUGCCCCUGGCUCUGGGACAGUGGGCAGGAUGGCUGAGUGUGUUCAGAAAAACAGACACAGGUUUGCUCCUGAAGACGUAGAGAUAUGGGAGGUGGUCUUCACCCUGGGCUUGCUGUUGGGGUACUCUGGGUAGGAUCUGAGCUGCCACCUUCCUCUAGGUCAUGCCUGUCUAUCUUUAGAAAGUCCAUUUAUUGGCUUCCAGAGUGUGCAUUAUCUACCUACCUGAGGUCAUAGUGGAGACAGGGAAGAUGUGGAUGGGAAUGUGGCCCAGUCUCCCCUCACUCUCCUGGACCAUGGGCAGCAGCUCAGGUUCUUGGAGGGCUGUCCCCCACCUUACCCCACAUUCUGAUCCACCAUAACUAUCCUUUUAUUGCUACACUCAGUCUUGGGGCUCAGAGACUUGCUGAAGCCCCCUAAGCCCUUAUGACUGAAUUUGUGUAGAUGAUGCUUAUGUUGGUAUUUGGGGGCGUUUCCACUAUGACCUCCAUGAGAGGUUCUCCCGGGCACAUCUCUGUCUCUGGGGACCACCUAAUUCACAGAGGAAACUACACUUUGCAGGUGCUGUUGGGCGCCCAGAUGUCUCUAGCUCCACUGAUGCUUGAAAACAGCUGCAGAAAAACUUGAGAUAGAAGGUCUUAGGUGGAGUUUCUGCCUCUGCUAAUGAAUGUCAAAUGGUGUUUCUUAGAAAAUAUGUGGUUCAGUUUUUUGGGCAUAGUCUUGAAGCCCAAGCCUUCCGUCUUCUUUUACCAUCUCAUUCAACCAUGUCAUGACCCACAUGUGAAACCUUAGCCCCAGUGAACCCAUAGCCAGCUAGUGGCAAAGCUGAGACUAGAACUCACAGCCCAGGGUUCUGUCCUCUGCACCAGCUGUGCAGCUGAUAGAGAAAGUGGCUGGACCUUCCAGGUUUGGGGGAAGCCAUGUUGGGAGGUACAGCACCUGGUGGGUCCUUGGUCUCUGCUAUUUUCUGUCAGGAGGGCUCUUCUCUUGGAUUGAUCAGUGAGGACCCCGGGAUUUGAUUUGAGCAAAGAGAAUGGAGAGGAAAAGGGAUUCCAGGGAACUCCUCAGUGACCUGUGGUCUUCAGCUCCAGUCUAUAAGGUGGCGGAGGCCAGGGCACAGAUGCAGUUCACCACCCUCAGCCUCCUUGCUGCAAAUUAAGACAGAAGGUGAUAAGAGAAAACUCUCUCAUCUCUCUCAGAUUCUUAAAGGAAAGUGAUUAAUAGGAACCUAGGUUCAAUUGAUCAGCCGGGACAUGGCCUAUUUCACUUUCCUUACCUUGACCCUAGAAGGUGCCAACUCAAACACUACCUUUUUCAUUUGUUUCUUAGUCUAUAGAUUCAGCUGUGUUGUGGGGAAUGGUGGGGGAUUCAAGUAGAUCUUACAGCUCCAGGGGCUGGAAGGGACCAGGCCAGUCAUCCAUGUUCAGGACCCUCUGGCUCCUCCCCCACUCCAGCUACUCCUUAUCAAAGUCAAGGGCAGGACAAUGAAGUUUGCCAAGGCUGCCCCUGCAGCUUGGUGGGGGCCUGUGGGGGCAUUCCUCUACCCAGUUCCAGUAUCUGUUUUACCAUCAGCCCCUCGUCCACCCCUAUUCCCACCCCUCUCCUUUCUGCUGGGCCAUGUACCCCUUUGUGAGGAAGAAGAUACCCUCACUUAGGGCCACAGGCAGCUGAGUCCUGCCUACUGAGAGGCUGUUGGGACAGAGGCUCUGUCCUGUGCCUUAUCAGCCCUGGGGAGAGGAUGUUUGGCUGGAAGACUGGAAUUUAAUUGCCAUUGUCUUUGAUUUUGUGAUAUUUCUGCUUGGAGGGGUGAACCCCCGCUUCCCACUCUUUAGCAUGUGUGCCAACUCUCCCCUGUCAUGGGUGUUACCCUUCAACACUCCAGCUCAGGGAGUGCUGACGUCCUCAUGUGAAGAGAUUCCUGUGUGACAGAACCUAAGAAGUGUAGCUUGGAAGUGACCCCUGUGACGAUGACGUUUCUUUCUUUCCUCUUAGUGAGGAGGUGAUUUGUAGACCCUGACUGCCUAUGUAAUGUAAAUAGUGUACAUUUAAUUUAUUGCUAUGGUAGCAUAUUGUAUUUGUUAAUGUAUAAAACAAAUUCUAAAAGGUUGACAAAUGUAUAUUUUGUUGCUUAAAUGUGUCUUUGCAGAAAUUGACAAUAAAUAACAUAUUUUGUGUCCA